AAUUGCGGUGGGUCGUACGUAUCGUAUUUUCUAAAUGAAUAUUUGCCAUAAAAGCAAUUUUUAGGUAUUUCUAAUAAUAUUUCGAUGUAAUUCCAACGAAGCGAGGAGAUUUGUGACGUCAAAAUGGGCGACGAGACUCCAGAAGAACGCCAGAAUAAUGAAUUAGCCGCUCUAGAGGCUAUAUACGGUGAUGCAGUUGUGGACACAAGAGAAGCGAUGGCAUGGAAGGUUUGGAGGCCAUUAGACCUUCAGUUGACGUUGCAUCCGCUUCACAACUCUGACGUACAGGGUGUUCAUUGUUCAGUGACUCUCCAGUUUAAAUGCCCUCCGAAUUAUCCUGAUAAGCCACCUUCGAUAUCGAUCCAUAAGAUGCACGGCCUAUCAAUCGAGAAUGGUAGGAAGUUAAUCAGUGAACUGGAGAAUUUGGCUUCGGAGCUAUGUGGUGAAGUCAUGAUCUUUCAACUGGCAUCACAUGCACAGCAAUUUCUGCACGACCACAACAAGCCGACGCUUUCGUUCUACGAUGAAAUGUUGAAGCAAAAGAAUGAAAUGGAAAAACUUAAACUUCAUGACAUGCAGGUUAAAGAAAAUGAAGAGCGUCAAAAAAUAAAAGAUGAGGUGCAAAAGAGACAAGAGAUUCUACGAUGUGCUGGACGGCAAAGGGUGCAUAGAUCAAGUAUGAGCCAGGAGAACAGUAACGAUGGACAAGGAGACGCACCGGAACUUGUUUUUUACGCGGAUGAAAGGUUAUCGCCUGCAAAGAAGGUGGUACGAAUACAAUGUGAGGUGACUUGCACAUGUAACUCUAAAGGGGCUCAGAUCCUCAGGGUAACACAGAAGAACAACAAGAAAGUCUACAUUGGAAAUUGUUUGGGGCAUUCAUCGAAUGGCGCGACGACAUACCUAGCGAUAGACGACGAGUCAGGCGAGAGACUUAUCGCCAAGAAAUGGUCGCUAUCCGCCGCGUCCGACUUCCAAACCAGAAAUCGCCAAAUAAACAAUCUACACCAAGACUUCAAAGCCAUGUGCAGACUAAAACACCCAUCUCUUGUACCAUACACAUCGCUAGAAAUGACCAAAGAACCAACAAAACGAACAGUGAAACAGUGCAUUUAUGUGUUCAGAGAUUUCGUACUCGGAUGUUCUUUAAAGUUCAUUAAACAUAAGAUGUUAAAAACCAGUGACAGAUACGAACUAUUGAAGUUUUUAAGGCAUAUCAGUUUGGGAGUGUUCAGUGCAUUGAAGGAGUUACAUGAAGUGAGUGUCUUGCAUAGGGAUAUUAGGAGUGAAAAUGUAUUUUUGGAUGCUGAAGGUGGUGUUAAGUUGGUGGGAGCUGGACUUGAUCUUAUGUUGACGGAGAUGUUUGAAGGAGAAAACUACUGUGACAGGCAGACGAAAGCGUCAGAUAUCUACGCCGCUGCACAGUUGUUGCUAUCGAUCGUCGCUCAAGAGGAGUCCAUACAUGAAGUUCCGCCUGACUUGCCGGGGUCUGCCAAGGAUUUCUUUACCAGGUGUCUGACAGAGAAUGAACACACGCAGUGGUCAGCAGAACAGUUGGUCAACCAUGGCUUCCUGGUAGACGCUCCCGUCAAACAGCCUAAUGGCAAAGAGAGAACCGACGAUUUAAGCGGUUCUGAGGAUGAGGAUGCAGUUAAGAAAAUGCAAAUCCCCGUGCCAGGCACUCACGGCCAUUCGAGAUUAAAUGCUGAGUUUGAAGUUCUCAAGUUUCUCGGUGAAGGUGCUUUUGGUAGUGUACUGAAGGUGAAAAACAAACUCGACGGCGGUUUCUACGCGAUAAAACGCGUCCAGCUCAACCCUGAAAACGUGAUGUUGAACAAGAAGAUUACUCGUGAAGUGAAGCUGCUGUCCAGACUGAACCAUGAGAACGUGGUCCGGUAUUACAACGCCUGGAUUGAAUCCACUACGGAGUGCAGCGACCGCGACGAUUCCAAUAGCGGAAGCGUACACAUGCUCGUCAAAACACCAGUACAGAAGAAACCUGGCAAGAGCUUGGAAGACAUAGUAGCCAAGUUGGGGCAAGAGAUCAAGGUAGAGUGGUCCAUGUCGGAGGGACCUGUCCAGGUGAACAUGUCUUCUGAUAGCGAGGAGGACGACGAUGAUGACGAGCCGGGCCCUUGGUUCAGGCCAGAAGACGAUGAUGAAAACAGCGACAUCGCAUUUGAAGAGGACGUCGACAACCAAUCCCAGACGAUAUCUUCAGAGGACGCACCAGACUCGCCUCGCCCGCCAUCAGAACGAUUAAAACAGGUCCUGUACAUCCAAAUGGAGUUUUGCGAGAAGCACACUCUAAGGCAGGCCAUAGACAAUGGUCUGUACCAAGAAAACUUCAGGGCUUGGAGGCUGUUUAGAGAGAUCGUGGAAGGUUUAGCCCACGUCCACCAGAGAGGCAUGAUACAUAGAGACCUGAAGCCAGUCAAUAUUUUCUUGGACUCCAAUGACCAUGUCAAGAUAGGAGAUUUUGGACUCGCCACUAAAGCUUUUACUGACAUGCUUUUGGAUGAAAAAACAAAACAAGAGGAUGUCGGUGGAUCUUUGACUGGCCAGGUUGGCACAGCUCUCUACGUAGCCCCAGAAUUACUCCAACGCACAAGCAAAGUAAUAUACAACCAGAAAGUCGACAUAUAUUCUCUUGGCAUUAUCCUGUUCGAGAUGUUCCAUCAACCGUUGGCGACUGGCAUGGAACGAAUGAUGGUGCUAACUGAACUACGUGGCAAAGAUAUCAGAAUGCCCAAGGACUUCGAGACUGAGGACAAUGCUAAACAGAUUCUUGUUAUCAGAUGGCUACUAAACCAUGACGCGAGUCUUCGCCCAACUUGCGCUGAACUUCUAGCAAGUGAACACGUUCCACGGCCAGUCCCGGAAGGGGCGUUAUCAGGCCUCCUCUCCCACACACUGUCGGAGCGCGGCUCCCGGGGCUAUCAGAGACUAGUGGGCGCCUGCCUCGACCAGCGCCAAUCGCCAGCUGAGGACCUCACGUACCAUAGCGGCAUAAAGAAUAGUCCCGCGCACAUACUGGCGCAAAUCAAGGAUGCUGUAAUCAAGGUGUUUCGAAGUCACGGCGCGACGGAGUUUUCCCCGCCGCUUCUCAUCCCGCGUGCGAAGCGCUGGGACCAAUAUCCGAAUGCUGUCAAAGUGAUGACGUCAUCGGGCACCGUGUGUCAUCUACCACAUGAUCUGCGGCUUCCGUUUGCUAGGCACACAGCAUACGCGGCAACGAAGUAUAUGAGACGUUACGUUAUUGAUCGCGUGUACAGGGAGAAGCACGUUGGGUUCCAUCCCCGGGAGAUGUACGAGUGCGGGUUCGAUAUCGUCACCCCUAAGACAGAUUCCCUGUGGUCGGACGCGGAACUGCUGGUAGUAGCAAGCAGGGCGGCCGCACAGACUUCUCUCAAAGUGAGCAUACAUCUAAACCACACGGAACUACUGCGGACGUUGCUGAUAUCAUGCGGCGUGCCCGCUGACAAGCACACAGACGUCUACCCGGUCCUCGUCGAUGUUAGUUUCGGUCGAAUAACAAGUUUACAACUGCAAACCCAUUUGACGUCACUCUGCAUAUCGAACCGCGACGUGACGAACCUGCUGCAUCUGAUGGAGGCAGACGUCGCAGUCUAUGAGCUACGAGAGCUGGUCGCUACGCUGGUAAAGCAGGCUAAACUGAGCAAGAUUGCCGCACAAGCGGUGCAUGACCUGGAGGCUGUCUAUAGAAACGCUAGGGCUUUAGGAUGUGAGUGUAUAGUGACAGUGGCGCCGUUCCUGGCUUACAACGCGACCCAGCACUGCGGCGUGUUCUGGAAGAUGACCGUGUUGAAAGACACGCACAAACCCAGCCCCAACCACCGCACCGGGAACCUGAUCGCUGCUGGCGGCAGAUACGACGCGCUAGUAGAAGAAUUCUGGAAGGUGGCGCGGGCGGAAAAUGACCACGACAGCUCGGAACUGAGAUGCAGCUCUGUCGGGUUCUCAAUGUCUUUGGAGAGGAUAGCCACCACACUGAAGAAGAUGGAGAAUGACGCGCCGCCACAGCAGCACCUGGAGUCUGCCCUCAUCUGCGUUUGCGUGUGGGGCACAGCGGGGAGCAACCGCGACGGCAUGGCGGCGGCGCGACACGCGCAGCUGGCCAGGGACCUGUGGGCGGGCGGGCACACCUGCUGCACCUGGCCCGCCAGCGGCAGCGACGCGCGCGAGCUGUGUCGCGCGGCCGUCGUGCUGCAACAGGACGACACACACGUCCGAGUCGCUUGCUGGACUGGAGACCGGGUUCGUGAACACAAAGUCCCAUUUAUCGAAGUUCUGGAUUUUGUAAAACAGAAGUUUAAUCCGGAUCCAGCAAGAACUAGCGAAGUUCCCACCAACCGCUCCAUAAGUUGGAGUGAGACGGAGAAGUCGAACAGUCCCAGCAUCUCUGUCACCUUCAUCACGGCGAGUGAACGGAUCACGAAGACUGCCAAAAGACACUAUGAGAACCAGAUAAACACACAAAUAACAUCGAUCCUGGUGAGCCUCGGCCUGCAGCCGGUGCUGGCGCGGGUCCGCGUGCACGUGGUGGCGCUGGCGUGCGAGGCGGGCUGCGUGCGCGCACUGGCCGCGCAGCUCACCGCGCCCCUCGUCGCGCACGACCUGCCUCACGCCUUCCGCGCUACGGCUCACUCAUUCCAAAAACGCCAGAACAUUCUAGACGAAGCCCUAGAAGAACUAACCAACAUUGUGAAACAAUCCAACCAGAACAGAAAUUCAGAGGAAACACAACUCUAUGCGCUGUUCUCUAUACCGGAUUCGCUUUGUCGUAUCAUCACUUGAUAAAGUAAGCUAUUACUUUCAACAGGAAAGUAUUAAGAUUUUACAUGACACGGACAUGUGAGGUACCUCAUAUUAAUAUUUAAGCCAUACUGAUUUUAAGCCAUUAUGAUUAUGUUAUGCUCAUUUUUUUAAAUUAGCCGUCAAAUCUCUAGAACCAUUAUUUGACGCUUAUGAGGUUGUAUUAUAAUAAUACAACACCACGCCUGUAUCCCAGAAGGGGUAGGCAGAGUUUUACAGUAUACAACACACCCACUUCUCACCAUUUUGAAGCUCAUGUAAUAGGGGGCAAGGAAAUGUAUCGAUACAUUUUGUCGAAAUCGGUAAGUUUGUUCUUUGACAGAACCUUGUUUUCGAAUUUUAAAUGCAUUUAUUAAGAAAUAAUUACGUAUGCAACGAUGAUAGAUUAAAACCUCAUGUGUAAUUACCGCCGCCUCACCAAUAAAAAAAACAAACAAGCGGUGAACGUGACGUUUAAGAAAGACAUAAGUUUUCGCGCCUAAAAUGCGCGCGUAAAUUUAAAAUUGAAUUCCAUGUUCAAAUAAUUCGAUUCAAAUCUUGACUGCCAAGUACUUAAACACAUGUUCACCGCAUGUUUAAAAAUAAAUAAACUUGAAUAUAGACGUAAUGAAAUUAUAGCGGUGUAUUUUCUACUGGUUGCAUAGUUCAGAUUUAAAUUACAUAAUUAUAUUUCUAGAUUCUACUAUAAUAGACUACUCAUUCUGAGUCCACUUGAUACCAUGCGAAAAUGCGACUAUAUACUCCUGCAUCUCUAUAGUAAGAAUCGGUGAACGAAAAUAAAAGGAAGCAAAUCUCUUCAUACUCGCUACAGUUGAUUAUUGAUACCAAAACAAAAAAAAACACACUCACAGUA